AGGGUUUCACUAGUUUUAAAUUAACUAGUUUUAAAUUAUUCAGCAGUUAAGGGGUCUCAUUACAUUUCUACCUUGCUCAUCUUCUUCAGUUUAGAGGCGAAGACGAAGGUGUCUUCCUCUCCCUCUGCAAUGGCGCAGGUGCUUCACCUCCCCUGUUCUAUAGGGACGCCCAUACAUGGCUCGUCCUGCGCCCUCCUCGGAAACCCUAACCCUAGAUGGGCGGCGCUUCAGAAGAAGCUCAGCCGCAAGGGUCGACACUCCUGCUUCUUCUCCGAUGGUCGCAAACAGGAGCAAGCCAAGAAAGCACUGGAGCAAGCUCUAGGUCAAAAGAAAACUGAGUUUGAGAAAUGGAACAAAGAAAUUGAAAAAAGGAAGGAAAUGGGCGGUGGUGGCACUGCCGGUCGGGGCGGCUGGUUUGGAGGUGGCGGCGGGUGGUUCGGGUGGUUCGGUGAUGAUCGCUUCUGGGAGGAGGCAAAACAAGCCAUUAUUGCUGUCAUCGGCAUUGUUUCAUUGUAUCUCCUGUUAGCAAAGGGCAAUGUACUGUUUAAUGUGGUCUCCAAUUCAUUGCUUUUCAUGCUUCGAAGGUUUAGGGAUUGGUUCACAUAUGUAUUAUCACAUUUUCCUCAAAAGUCGCCUGUGCCUUUGUCUGUAUCGGAACCUCAGUCCGUAAACAAGUCAUCGCGGCCGAUGUCAGCUAAAGAAAGGGUGGUCAGUAAAUGGGGGAUGGAUUAAGAAGCCUCUAGUAUUCUUCCCUAUUCCUGAGUGGAGUAUCUCUUGCUCUGUUAUUUGUUGCCGGCUUUUAGGCUUUUAGCUUGAUGUUCAGUUGAACGUUUAUACGAGUUCAUACUUGUGGCAAAUCUUUGUGCGUUAGUUCAAUUGUAAUCUUUACAUUUUGGGAGUGAUUAGUACCUCUGAUCUUGCUUUUUGGAUUAUGUAUUUUGUGAUGAUCAUAUUUAUGUGCGGCAUCUGUGGAAGAAAUAGAAUUAGUGCAUAUUGCA